AAAACCCAAAUAAUGCUCAAUUAGUGCAGUAAAGGAAUUUGCAUAUGUGAUAAUAGGCUUCGGAUGGGAGCAAAGUUGUUUGGCGUUUCACAGUACGCUUGGUCACUCCAAUGGUUCUCACGGUAACGAGAACCUAACUCCACCAAAAUGAACUUCUCGAGUACUCCAAAAUGACGAUCGAAGUCAGCGUUCAAUCAAAAUGAAAGACAAGAAGGGCUCCGUUAAAGGAAAAGAAGAGGUCGAUAGAAUACGCGUUUUUGUACGUAUUCGACCACAGAAUGAAGAAGAACUUCGACGUGGCGAAACAAUCGGUUUUGAAACGAUUAAAGAAAGAAACGAGAUUGUUUUAUUUGAUGGGAAAGAAAGACGAUUCCAGUUUGAUGGUAUAUUUCCAGGAAGUUCAUCAAACCGAAAGGUGUACUAUCAAGCUGGUAAACCUUUAGUUGAUGCAGCAUUUAAAGGAUUUAAUGGAACUUUAAUGGCUUACGGGCAAACUGGAACAGGUAAAACAUAUACACAGAUGUCCAAUGAUGGAAUAUGUAUUCUGUCAGUUCAAAAGCUUUUCAGGAGAAUUCAGAGUGAUGUGUUCCAUGAAUACAAGGUUUAUAUGUCCUAUCUACAAAUCUACCAGGAAAAGAUUUUUGAUCUACUCAAUCCAAACCACAAACUGGAAAUGGUUUUACGAGAAGAUCCAAAGAAAGGUGUCUAUGUAGAGAACUUGACAGAGUACGUAGUGAGAAGUGCUGAGGAAGUCAUGUCAUUAAUAAAAUCUGGAAAAAAGAGACUCAUUUUUGCUGAAACAAGAAUGAAUAGACUCUCCAGCAGUGAUGCUUCUGGAUACCAGUCUCCGUACCGAGGAAGGUCUCACUCUGUCUGUCAAAUAACCGUAGAAAGAUCUUUGUCACAUGACAGCCCUAGACAAGGAAAUAGUACAAGUACUUCCAAUGGGCAGCGUCAAAAAUUUGUAGCAUCCACUCCCUCGCGGCGAACAGACACCCAAGGUUCCCCAGCCAGUGGCGCGUCGAAGAUUCCCAUGCCUGCGAGUUCUCUACCUCGGUCUCAAGGUACUUCCGACCAUGCUGCCGAAGGAUCGAAAAUCCCAACGCCCAAAAGACGUCUUAGCGAUACACCAGUGCCUCAGCGCACAGGUAUCCCACAUCCAGUAUCCACCCCAAAUAUAGCAAUUCUCGACGAGUUACGAUCACCGGUCAGCGGCAGAGGGCGUGCUAGUUUCAUGUCGUCACUUCAAGAUUUCCCGAAAACCAAUAGGAUGUCGUUUCAUGAUUUCACUCGGACGUCGUCUUUCACGUCAACUGACUCUGAUCUUGACAGCGAUGUUCUUGGAUCUGAUGCAGAGAGUGUGGAGUCGUUGCGUUAUGCUCCUUUGUUCGACAUCGGCGACGAGACAUUUGAAGAAGAAGAGGACGAUGACGACGAUGAAAAAUUUCUGGAAUCCAUAAAGAUCCGAGAUGACGUGCUGACAAAAGGACGAGUUAACAUUUGUGAUUUGGCUGGAAGUGAGAGAGUGAAGCGAGCACAAGUCGAUGGUGAACGUCUGUCCGAGCUUCAACAUAUAAACCUUUCAUUAUUGGAACUUGGCAAUACUAUCCAUGCAUUAUCAGAGGGCAACAGAACGCAUAUUCCUUUUCGCAAUUCAACACUGACCAGACUGCUUCAAGAUAGUCUCGGUGGUAACUGUAAAACUAUAUUCGUGAUGUGUGUGUCACCAUGUAAAGCAGACCUCAAUGAAACACGAUGUACUCUAGAAUUUGGACAGAGGGCUUUGAAGAUCAAGAACACUGCUUACAUUAAUAUGGAAGUCGAUUUUGUCAAACUGGCUGCUGAUUUGCGACGACAGCUAGAAGCACAAGAGCUUGAGAUACAGACCCAGAAAGAGUCGUUUGAGAAAGAGGUACUGAGGCUGCACAGUGAUCAACUGUCCAAGCUGGCGGAGAAAGAAUCGCAGUUGGAAGAGCAGACGUACUUGGCAAGAGAAGAGGCUGAAAAGUUACGUCUUGAGAAUGAAUGUCUGCAAAAGCUUCUUGAAGAAGAACGGCAAAGGAAGAGUCUUUUGGAGAAAGAGCAGGAAUCGUUAUUGGAAAAGUCAUUACAUAAUGAUAGUCAUGAUGACUCCAUGCUCUGUGAGCACCAAAAAGAGAUCGAGCGCUUGCAACAAGAACUAAAAGAAGAAAAACGAAGAUCUCUUUUACUUGAAGAACGAGAAAAAUCCAAAAUAGAAAGUUUGCUUGAGGCAGAAAAACAACGAAUUGUGGAAAUACAGAUGUCGGAGAGACAAAAGUUUGAAAGUGAACUCGAAGAGGAGAGGAAAAGGAUUGCCGAGGAAAUGCAUCGCGAGGAAAAGGACUUCAGGGACGUUUUUUGCCAGUCUCCCUCCGAGGACGUUAUUGAUAGGGGGCCACAACCUGCGGGACCUUGUAUCGAUAGUACUUCCACUGAAACUUUUUAUAAUGUGCUCCUUGCUGAAAUAAUGUCCCUUCAGCUUUUGUACCAAAUGCAAGACAUAGCGGACGUUUGUGGCGGUGCGGCCCCCCGGUCUACAGACAGUGGCUGGGCGGACUAUGACGAUGAAUUAUUAGAAAAUAUGGGGAUCAAUCUAUUAGAGAAGGGGGGUCUUAUCUUGGAUAGUUUAAGGGCGGUGCAGUCAGGUGAUAUUGUUUCCAUUGCUAGUGUCGACUCCAUUCGUGACGCCUUAAGUUUUACAUUCCCACCAUCACCCAAAAUCUCAUCAUGCAGCACAGAUGGACGUCCUCACAUCCAAUCAGCAUCUCAUAAAGUAUCACGUGACUUGUUAAGUGAAAUUGAACGCAAAGACAAACCGCUGUGCACGAGUUCGACGUCAACGAUUGGUUCUAAAGUCAGUAGUGAUUUCUGGGCCGAUAACAAUAACCUGGAGUCUGGCACUAGUUCCAGCAUGGGUUCUUACUGUGAUCAAGAACCGCUGAGCCCGCGACAUACCCGGCAAACAAGUGACAGCGGUUGUGAAAUGUCCCCAGUCGACCCUAGGCUGAAUUUACAAAAGGAAAUGGGCGGUGGCUCUAAUGUCUGUGUUCCACUGGCGGAAGAGGACGACGAAGAUUUGAUUGAUGAAUCUAUAAAACAAAUGCAGAUUUUAAAGGAUAAAGUAUCUACACUUGACAUGGAGCUGGCGCGGUUAAAGAACGAACUAGAUAGAGAGACUGUCAACUUUUUCUCGGCCGUCUUUCUCGUUGACCUCAACCAGGGCGAUGAAGAUUCACCUCGCGUCAUGAGAUAUCUUUUCGACUGUGUGCGAGACAAGCUGUGCACUGAAAUAGCAUCAAGAGGUGGAAGUAAAGAGUUUGGGUCGGAACAAGAACUCGGGCUUCCUUUAUCCGUCCUCGAACAAGCUGUGAAUCUGUUACUGGUGAACAAGACUGUUAUGAGCUGUAUACUAGUGCUGCAGAACAGAGCACGACAUAACGACGAUGAACUUGAGGGAGAAUCAGUAUCAGAAAUGUCUGCCACGUUAGUACCGGAGGAGGUGACUAAGGUCGACCAGGGAGCUCAGACGGACGACCACUCCAAGUCUAUAAAACAUCAAAUACGCAAAGGAUUACUGAACUUUACAUCGAGACAUAGGCAAUGCAAUGAAGACACAGGAACGAGUACCGAUCCAGAGUUAAAAAGUCUCGUGAAUCACCGUGAAUGUCAAACGAGCUGUGACUGGACGUCACCAAGUUCACCAGGGCUCUCUAUCGAUAGAAACGAUGGCCAGGCCAGUGCUGCAGACUCACAGGAUCAAGACCCUUGGAGUAAGAGCUUCGAAGAAAUCAUGUCAAAUGACCUUACAAUCGAUUCCGAGGAACCCCUACGUAAUAUGUCACGUGAUCCCGAUGGAGCCUCGGCAGGGAGCGAGAGUCGACCGAAUUCAUCCAAUAGAAACAACGCAGAAAACAUUGAUGAGCAGAACCAAGACAGCAAAAUAUUGAUAGAAUCAGACGAAGAAGAAGAAAUCCAAGCAAAAACAAAGCGUAAAAGAAAAAAGAUAAAUCUGCUGUCGUGCAUAGGAUCACCAUCUAGAGUUUCAUUCAGGAAAAAAUUAAAUAAGAAAAAAGCUGAAGCUAAAAGUGAAAAAAAUGACAACGAAAAUUAAAAUUUGAUAAGACAUAACUUGCUAAAACCAUGCACGCCAAACACUAGGUCCAUUAAUUCAAUUAAAAUGUAAAAAUGCUGAACACAAAAAACGCAAUAAAAUUGUGAAAAAUGAGA